GGACCCUCGUUCAUCCUCAGCAGGACCCGGCGGCAUUAGGACCCAGCUGCCGCAGCAGCCGUCCUUUGUCUCUACCAGUCAGCGUCUCUCUCUCUCCUCCUCCUCCUCCUCCUCCUCCCACCGUCUCCUCCUCUCCACUCUGCAAAUCCGCAGUCCUCACUCCGUGUCUGUCCUCCCUCCGGUCCGCUGCAGUGUCGGCAGCAUGGCGGUGAAUCUCGGCAAGAACAGACUGGCUCUCCUCACGGCCUACCAGGAUGUCAUAGACGAGGCCUCGGACACCGACUGGGCGUUGUACUCAUACGACGGCGACAGCGAUGACCUCACAGUGGCCUCCUCAGGGGGCGGGGGUCUCCUGACCAUCGCCGGGGCGUUCGAGAGCUCCCGGGUCAUGUACGGGUUCUGCAGCAUGAAGGACGCGACCGCAGCCCUGCCGCGCUACGUCCUCAUCAACUGGGUAGGGGAGGAUGUUCCAGAUGCCAGGAAGUGUGCGUGUGCGAUUCACGUGGCCACCGUCGCUGAGUUCUUCCAGGGAGUCAACGUCAUCGUCAACGCCAGCAACAUGGAGGACAUCGAGCCAUCCGCUAUUGGCCAGCGGCUGACCAAUGGGACGACGGCAGUGGCCAGCCCAGUCCUCAACCGCCUCCGGACCAAAGAGGGGGAGAACGGAGAGAACGUGGGUACCGUCUACACGAAGACAAACGCAGAGAUAGAGAUGAAGAAGAUCAACAGAGAGGAGUUCUGGGAGAAAGCCAAGCGGGAGGAGGAGCUAAGGAAGGAGGAGGACAGGAAAAGGGUAGCGGAGGAGCGUCAGCGGUUUGAGGAGGAGCGGAUGGAGCUGGAGAAGAAGGAGCAGGAGGAGCGAGAGAGGCGGUACAGGGAGAGAGAGCGGGAGAUCGAGGAGCAGAGAAAGAAGACGCAGGAAGAGGAGGAGGCCAAGGAGAGAUUACGGAGCCAGCCAACCAUGCCUGCAGAGCUGAGCACUGAGGAGCUGCAGGAACGAAAGGAAUCUGAGGUAGAGGAGGCGAAGGCGAUCAUCGCCCAGCGGUCUGAUAACCCUCGGGAGUUCUUCAAGAAGAAGGAGAGGGGAGUUCAGAGUGUUGACUCCUCCCCCGCAGCCCGGGUCCGCUCUGGUGAUGACGAUGCCGCAGUGAGCGCGGACCGCGGCGUGACCCCCACCCCCAAGAUGGUGACCACCCCCGAGCCCAGCCCAGCCGAGGACGCCUCGAAGCCGGAGCAGCCAGCUUCAGAGGCCACGCCCCCAAAGUCUGACGCCACGCCCCCAAGACCGGUCCAGAGCGUGGCCCCCCAGGCCCGGGACCCUGACCCCGCCCCCUGGGGCUCUGCGACGGACAGCCUGGUGGACGUAUGGGACGCCGCCCCCGCUGCCGCCGCCCCCGCCGCCGCCCCCGCCCCCCAGUCCACCAAUCUGGUGGACCUGAUGGGUGACAUCACCACUGAGACUCCGCCCCCGCGCCCGCAGCCGCUGCUCAGCUUCGAUGACAUCAUGGACGCGUCGCAUUGCUCCGCCCCCGUCGUGGAGGACGAGCCCAGCAGCCUGGUGGACGUGGCGGGGAUUGAUCACAUGACCCUCAGCUACCAGCAUGCACUGCAGCAUGCGGCGGGGGAGGGUCCUGAGGGGGAGGACGGAAAGCGGCUGUUGACCAAUGGGGAGACAGCGCUGAAGGAGGGAACCCAGGCGAGUGAGGGCUACUUCAGCCAAUCACAGGAAGACGAAUUCGGCCAAUCGGAGGACACCACAGCUAAGCCGACGCCUGUGUUCUAUAACAAGCCACCAGAGAUUGACAUCACCUGCUGGGACAACGAUCCUGUGGAUGAAGAUGACGACUAGCCGACCAAUCAGGGGCUGCUGCCAGACCAGGAAGAGGAACAAGUGCAUCGUUAGGAAACUGUUUUUUUUUUU